AUGCGUGGAAUUAUUGGGUUAUGUUUAGUUUUAGCUGUGGCCACAGCAAACCCCACAACGCAAAACGAGUCCAGAUAUAGCAGAAUAAUCGGCGGUGAUGUGACGACGAUUGAUCGGUAUCCAUCCGCCGUAGCUCUGAUGGGAUAUGACUGCUUCGCUAAUGUUCACUAUCAAAUGUGUGGCGGCGCCAUUAUCAAUAGUAGAUCUGUUUUGACAGCGGCUCAUUGCUUAACAGACAUUGUGCCGUUAUAUUACCGGAAGAUGCGCGUAGGGUCUGCUUUUAAAAACUCGGGUGGUGUCGUUCAUGACGUUGCGAAAGUAAUAAUACAUUUUGAAUACAUAUCACGAACUGUAGUUAACGACAUUGGUAUCCUUCGUUCGAAAACGUCAUUUGAAUUCAAUGAAAACGUAGCACCCGGUGCGGUUGCAGGAAGGAAUUAUUAUUUAGGAGAUAAUCAACCUAUAUGGGCAAUUGGAUGGGGAAUGAUGAAUUUGACUACCGGCGAAGGAGCUGAGCAGUUAAGAGAAGUCCAAGUAUACUCAAUCAACUGGAACAUAUGUGCGCAGCGCUAUAAUGAAAAUGGCCAGAACUUAGGAGAAAACAUGUUUUGUAUGGGCCUUUUAGACGUGGGAGGAAAAAAUACAUGUUUCGGCGACUCGGGCAGCCCUGUUUAUCACAAUAAUGUAAUUGUUGGUGUAUGUUCUUGGGGACCUUCACCUUGCGCAGACGCUCGAUUCCCUGCGGUUAAUACUCUCGUUUCAGCUUAUGAAGAUUGGUUAAGGGCUAAUGCCUAG